UUCUAUAAUUAUUGAAAUUAUUAUUUUCUAUAAUCAUCUUAAAGCUAAAUGUCAAUCAUCAUUAUUAUGGUCAUGAUUAUUUAAAUACUUCUACAUACUGUCUGGAGAGUUUGAAAUAGUGCUCUUGUCCAAAGCUCAAAGCUUACGUAACUUUGUGUAAUUUCACCCAUUCAUUUAGUGAGGAGUAGGACAGACCAGGUCUUGAAGGCAUCUGAAGAGAAGCCUGCUCAGAAAUCAGCCCAGGAGAACACAGCAAAGAUGGAACACAAGCACAGGGAUGGAGUCGCCUCAGCGCAGCUCGAUAUCGUCUACCUUCUCGCAGGAGAUACCUGUCUUACGGAGUGCUUCGUGACGUGCUCCGGACGGGUGAGUGCCGGACUGUGCAGCGUCUCCCUGGACCAGCCGCUCCUGUCUGAAGGGCUCUCGGCCGAGCUGAACCCACUGGUCAUUACUGUUCUCUCUGCCAGCUCUCUGCCAUCCACCCCCGUCCCCUACCACGUGCUCCAGCAAAAGUGUCUGCCUGUGUACUGCCAGUACAGUUUCCCCAGCAUGCCCGUACACAGGACCAAAGGGCAGCAGCACAGUUCAAAUGUCUACUUCAGAGAUGUGAACGUGAUCUUCACUGGUCUGCUGAGUGCCGGAGAACUCCUCCAGACGCUCGGAGGUACGGUGCUAGAAAUCGAAGUUCAUGACCGUGACAGGAAAGCUGAUAAACCUCCCGCGAGUCCAGCAGUUUUCGGCACGGAGCCCGACGAUGAGAAGCUAGCCAGAGCAGUUCUUGUCCCAACCAAACGCACUACCCACAAUGCCUUUAGAGAGAACAAAAAACUGCGUGAACCAUAUGGCAUUGCCAAGCUGCAUCUUUCUGAUCUCCUCCGAGGGCACAGGUGUUUGAAUCUCAUCUUACCUGUAAGAGGUUCCCACCCAGGGUCAUGGCUAGGUGGCGAGGGGAAUAAAUGGGAAGCAAAGUUACCUGAACCAGCAGUUGCUCUGGCCAGACGCUGGGUCGACUCUAUGCCCAUGGGGCAUUAUAUAGAUGCCAACACUAAGCUCAAAGUGCAGGUGGAGAUAGCACGACCGUUGGACCCCGAUCUUGUCAGACAUGGAGGACAACGUCCCUUUGGCCGCAUCGUUUACGUCUUCAGACGCAACAAUGUUCCUGUCCUCAGAAAACUGAGGUUGGAGAUUUUACGAGUCAAUGCUGAGGCUUUCCGACUGGACUCGGCAGCAGCUCAGAGCGUCCUGUGUGGUCACAGAAUGAACUCCAAAGAAAGAGCAAACCAGAACCUGAACAUUCUGACAGGGUUUCAUGUGGUGGAUCAGUCUCUGCACCUCUGUGUUCUGGAGGGACUUAAAGAACAAGCAGUCAGGAAUCUCUGGGAAACGGUACCAAUAAAGUUGAAUGAGGAGGUGGAAAAGCGGGUCACAGUUCUUUACAACUCGGGCCUGGGCUUCUCAGAGAGGCUCUAUGACACGCUGGACGUGGGGGUGACUCCAGUUCUUCUCCAACAGCCACUGGCGAGGAUCGUGAAGGAACCGCUGGUGUACAUCAGAGGCACCUUGCCCUAUGCCUGCCUUCAGGCCAUUUUACGAAUAAACCACCUCUGCCAGGCGAAGAAGCUUGAAGAUGCUGUGCAGAACAAUCUGUUCCCAUCAGCCAUGAUGGUUCUAAGCUUGGAUAAGGAGUUUGGAUUGGUUCCUAGGGGAGGGCUGGUGGGAUUCAUGGGAGAGAGCACAGAUACGCAGGAGCGUCGCCACGUUUCUCCGAGGAGGGCGCACACUCCACUCGACAACUCCAACGAAGAGUACUUGGCAUGGAAACGACGUGAAGCAAGUCAAGGUCUUUACGCGAAAAACUUUGUUCGGGUCAAUGUCGAGGAAGUCCAAAAGGCAAGCAGUGCUUUAAGGAGGCCUAAACCAAACGUGAUGGUGGUGGAAACAGCUGGUAGUCGACCUGUCCACAACUACAGCAUUCAAACCAUGAACUGUACCGCCAGGGCCCUGAAGCUCCUGCGUGAGCAAAUGGCAAAGGAGCCAGCUCGCAGGUUCUCCCAUAGCCAGCAUUACCACUCCUUCACGGUGGCUCCGGUGGAUGUGGAGGCAGAACGGAAAGCCUCAGAGUCCAGGUCUCGUGCCGCCUGGCGCACCUACGAUGGCUUUGUCUGUCCGGGCUUCAAGAGCAGCAUGGAGUCCAACAGACACCCCAAACAGCCUGACAAGGCUCGUUCGGAGGAGCUCAGAAAGCCCUGGAGAGAGAAUGUUCUCCAUGGGAACACGCUAAGGCCCACCCUGAACAGGGCCACAUGGCCAUGGAACCAACGGCAUGAGGACUUUGAGCUUUAUGCCAAACCCCCGCCUGCGUUCAGCCCAGAGCCCCCCGUCACCGUUCACCUUGCAGGAGAGGCCUUGCGGCAGGAGCAGCUCCAGGCUGCGCGUGCUCAGUACGCCAGCUGGCUGGGGAAGGUCUUGCCUAAUAAGAACUGCCUGGGUAGCAGCCGCAUCCCUGAAUUCAAGUGCCACACGAGAAGAGCAGGUCUGGAUAAACUAAAGGACCUGCUGAAGGACAAGCCCAUGAAACUCUCUCUGAAGACAGUGUGGAAAGAGUUAAAGGUAAAGCGUUCUAGAACGAUGCAUUUCACUUUUACACACACACACACACACAUUUUCUGCAAAAAA